GUACUUCCGUGUUCCCAUCAUGCCGUUUCAGAAACAUGGUGGUUGACAGGUUUUACAUCACAACAGCAUCGAUGUCAUUGCGUUUAACUAGCCGUUCGAGGGCAUAUAAUUAAGGCAAUAGUGGUGUUGAAGUGGAUCGUGCACGAUGCCGAAAUAUUACGAGGAUAAAGAGCCGGAUAACAGAGCCUGCGCCGGUAUUAGAGAAGAUUUUAAGGCCUGUCUCCUUCAGCAUGACUGCGUCGUGAAGGAGGGGAAACUGCCCAGUGAAUGUUUGAAGGAAGGUCACUGCAAAGCCCUGCAGACGUCAUUCUUUGAGUGCAAGAGGUCAAUGCUGGACACAAGGUCAAGAUUCAGAGGACAGGAAAGGAUAUUGAUGAACCAUCUGAAUGCUGAUGUUGCCACAUGGUUGAGUGAAUACUGGAUGAGCAGCAGCAAAUCAUGUGCAGCUUUAAAAUCCACAUCUGAAAGACAUGUCAAACAUGGGGGUUGCAAAUGACCAUGAGACAUGACAGAACAAUGGACAAUGACACCCAAAAGGAAAAUGAUCAACUCAUCAGUAAAAGGCAGUGCUG